GCAGGACGGCCCUAACAACUUCACGUUUGCUGGCAUUGCUAUCAAAAUUGACCCAGUGCCCCAAAACAUUGCAUAUUUGAAGAAGGCAAUUGGCCCUUCCUUGCCUCCAAUCCAAACGUCCAAGAUUGACAUUUACAGCCUCAAGGAUGGAAAGUGGAUUAGGGAAGAUGAAGAAGCAUCAGUGAAUCGUGGCACGCGCAAGUCUGACUGCUACGGUUUCACCACACCAUCAACGUGAGCUUGACAAGGCCAAAGCUUCCAUUACCGCCUCCGUAUCGAGGAGUGCCACAAGGUUGCUUUUGCUCAUCGGGACUUACUAGCCUCACGCUCCCAAGUGAAGCCAACUUUCUUGGGUCUCUGGCGUGUGAAAACUGCAAAAACCUCGCCCAGGUCGAUCUCUCCCCCACAUCGAUCAAGGUCGUUAAUGAACAUACCUUCUCACAUUGUGGGAGGCCAUCGAAGUGGUGGUGAUUCCGCCCGCACUCAGGUAUGACUAGAUUCAACUGUUGCGCUGCUGACCGCGACAGGCGUGACUUCGAUGGGAGAGCUGCUGUCAUGCGUGGGCCAGUAACACCCUCACGAAGAAGGCGGAUAGCGGUCGGUGCAGCCAACGCUAAAACGCUCUCCAGCCUUUUCUCCAUUGUGUAGUAGCCUCCAGGCAUCUGAGUCGCUCUUGUCCGGCAUAAACAGCCAGUCAGGGAUUGUAUGAACGUGUGGCGCACAGCAAAAAGGAGACCGCUGUCAAUGAUGCGACCGCAAUUAGGCAUAUAUGCUUUUGCGGCUUGAUACAAGAGAGAUUGGCUGGCAAGGACAAGACGUAAGCGCCUCGCCUUUCCGCCGUGGUGUUCAACCAAAUGCAGCAGUGGACUCGCUGACGGGACCGCGGUGUCAAACCGACCCAUAAUUGGCGGAGUUGGUCCGAUUCCGGUUUGGAAGGCGCAUACUCCAUGCAGCAGCGCAGCAAUGACUUGCAGGGCACCCGGGAUGCCUUGCAUGUUGACCGGGCAGGCCAAUACUGUGAGGUCAGUGGCCCUGCUAUACGCCACGUUUGCGCGGGUGAAACACUCCGAGUCAAAGUCCUCGUUGUGCCUACUUCCGCUGAGGAAAUUUGUACGCCCAUGGAGAACUAUGCAGCGCCGUGCUGUGGCCCCAGCGACUUUGACUGCAGUUUCAGCAUUGGCCUUUUUGCCGUUGGAGUGAAAGUAGUUUUGCAGGGCAACGGCGCUAUUGCGAGCGGUAGUGAGAACAAGUGUGGUGUCGCCGUCACCAUCACUCCGGUUUAGCCAUUGCUCGAUGUAGCUGUAGGUUAGGAUGGUUGGUCGCGGUGGCGGAUCUUUGCGGGAAGCGUCAUCAUUUGAGUAGUGCUGCCAGUUUACAAAGCGUAGGCCAGUUGUCGCUCGAGAGUUAGCCCGAAUUGAUGUUGUUCCAAUGUGCCACUGUCCCUGGCGGUGGCUGCGCAGCAUAGGAUAUUGUAUGCCUAAUUAUGAGUGGCUCAUAAAUCUCCUGAGAGUCUCUUGCACUGGUUGGGAGCAUUACACUCCACUGGUGAAUUCCGGAGACACCCGAGCGUUCGGCCGCACUGAGCGCCUGGUGAAACAGGAAUGAGCUGUCCGGUCCAGUGAUCGCGUAGCCAAGACCUACGAGGAGGCCCUCCAGCACAGCCAUGUUGAUUCUUUUUGAGAUUUGCAUUGGCGGCUUGAGGCUUCUGCUCAAUGCUGAUGUGGCAGGGCACUCUUCUGGGGUUUUCCAGCGUUUCCCUAAUGGACGAUUGCAAAUGGCCUGGGCAUCAUGUUGGACUUUCCCUUGAGGAGUGUACGGUGUUCCCUCUGGUCAUCCGCCACACCGCCAGGACUCUGCUUAGGGUCUCCCAAAAUGGCACGAAAAAAGGGCUGACGAGGGG